CAAAUUUCUCCAUAAAAUAAAACAACACCACAACACAAGAACAAGAACAAGAACACAAUAAGAAGCUUACCUGGUACGCGGGACACAAUAUCAGCGCUGCGAAAGGGAUUUACUUUAUUUGAUAACCUUAAAAAAAAAAAAAAACGUAAUCAGGAGCAAGCAAAGAGAAACAUUCAGAAGAGAGAUAUAAAACCAUUGAGAACGAUUUGUCUUUAAUCCUGACGUAGGACUUAGCCAUUAUAAUGGCUUCAAAUAAUUUAAGAAGAGUAUCACUUUCAUUUAAAAAGGUUAUUUUUAAUUUUCACCAAAAGCUUGAACUCAAUACCAGAUAUGGUUAUUUUCUUGAAAAUAGUGUGUUGAAUGAAAGUCAUCUUUUCAAUGCCAAGCGUUUCUUUGGAACAAACUGUUGCCUCGGUUGCAAUCACCAUUUCAACCCAAGCAUCUUGAAGAUAACUAAUAACCAUUAUUACUACAAACAACCUCACACUUCAAGAAUAGUAUUUUGUGCUGUUGCCGGAAUAUUCAGCUUUUUUCAAACGAAAGAAGAUGAAGAAGAGUCUGAAUUAAUUAUGACAAUUAAAAGAGCGGUGUUGAUGAUCCAGCACGAUGAGUUCAAAGGUGCUGAACAAAUGCUUCACCUCGCCUUACGGCUGGCUCAGCAGACCCAGAACAAUGAUGGAAUCACUUAUGUUCACGACCUUUUGGCAAAUGUUGCCUUCGCACAGGGAGAGCUUGAUAAGGCAGAGGUGCUGUUCAAAGACGUAAUGCAGAGAGAGUUAGCUAAAGGAACGGCUCAAGACGACCUUAAGAUCAUUCACAUGAGCUUGAAGUUGGCCAAAAUAUAUGAGCAGAAACAUGAUAUGGUGAAGGCAGAGGAAGGCUACAAGUUCUGCAUGAAACAUUUGGACAAGCUGGUUCAGGAUUCCGAAGACGAGGAUGUGCUGAUGUUGUGGGGUAUGACUCUGGAUUGGUACGCCAGAUUCCUCCACGAACAAAACCGACUCGACGAGGCGUUCACCAACUAUAAAAAAGCUUAUGAAAUGUGUGUAAGGUUGAAUGGAGAAGUACACGAACAAACUGUAAUUCUUUUGAAUGACCUGGGUACCAUAAGUUUUCUACUGGGUGACAACGACAACGCUAUCUUGUACAUGACUAAAGCAGUAGAAACAGGCCGACAUCUGCCUAACAUGGAGGACUUUUCUUCAGUAUACGUGAAUCUCGGGAAUAUAUACAUACAGAAGGAGAUGUACAAAGAAGCGGAGAAAAGCUGUAUCGAGGGGAUGAAAAACGCAAAACGCCACAAAAACGAGGAGGGCUUGAAGGAAGCUACGUUGUGUUUGGAAGAAUUGAAAAAGCACCGAUGGAAGUAAGGUGUGUUUUAGGUUUUAUUAGUUAAGACGUAUCAAUUGUUCUAGAUUAUAGGUUAGUUGACCUGUAAAAUAUAUCUAAUACAUUUGCAGUACAGGCCCUCUUGUCUUCAUCAGCCUCUACGAUUAUUCAAUUUCCUCUUUAAAAUCUUUACCCAAAUAAUUAAAGACUCUUUGUCCUUGCACACUUGCAGUUUGACAGCUUCAGCCAUAAAUUAGGGCUGGGGAGUAACAGUGCUGUUAUAUUUACUACCUAGCUGAUUUGUACCAAGGGUACCUGGUUUUUAUUUGCUACUGUCUCGUAACCAUUCUAAAUUUUUUCAACAACAUUUUGCCGUGAUGGAUUGCAUUUUAUCACUUAAAUUUUUUAUCCUUCAUCAUUUUCAUUUACAACUAUAUAUAUCUUGCUUCUCUCUGUUCCUAGUCCGAAUAGUCCUAAAGGUGAUGAAAUGGAGAGCUUUUACUGUAAAAUUGCCAUCCUAAGAAAAUAGUUAGCUAUAAACUUACUCAUGUAGUAUACUAAUAUAGUUAAUGUUUUGAACUAUAUAUGAUGAAAAAAGACUACCCUUGCUCUUUGACUACCAUGGGAAAUGUAUCGAUUAAACUGUAAAAUUGUUUUAUAAAUCUCAUGAACAUGAGACACAAGUUAAAAGACUAUGUAGUGUCACAGAUAAGGGAAUAAGUAUAAUAAUCAUUCCCUUGUGCUAGCUGCACUUCCUCACCUUUCAUUUAGGUUAAAAUAGCUCAAAUCUAAACUACAACUUGCCAAUAAUUCAUACUUCUAUUAGCUGUCACCUUAGUUUAGUUUGUUUAUAACUUAGUAAUUUAUAUCUUAUCAGAUAUCGCAGAAACUAAAAGGUUUAGUUAAUAAUAAUAAUAAAGAUAAUUUAUUAAAUAAAUUACAUCCUUCUUGCUCCAUUACAAGCAAGCUGCUGAAUACAAAGGAUGCUAUACAAACAACAAUAUAGGCUAAACCGAAAAAAAUUAACUAAUUAAAACUACACAAUAAUACAACCCCCCCCCCCCCCCGCCUCAGCAAACCUACAGACUAAGCAAAUUUCCAUUUGCGUGAUUGAAUUUACACUAAAAUGUUUCCUUUUAUAAAUAAUAUCACAUUUAUUCCCUAUUUUAUUAGAAUUAGUUUAACAAGUAGGCUACUUAGGCUUGCUGCAACAGGGAGUGUAAAAGAGUUUUUUUUAUGUUAAUAGUUUAGAAAUAAAUAAAUGCAUUUUCCAAAUUUGAAAAAUAUGUUCAUAAACAAGCAAACAACCCAUAAAGAUAACAUAAGAAUUUUCAAUUUACAAUUUUUUGCAAUUUUCCCCUUAACUAUUAGGCGCAUAACAAUGCUUCAAUUACUAGGCCUACUAAAUUAUUUGUUUUUUAAGCUCUACAAAAUGAUUUGUAAAAAAAAUCCUAAAUAUUAUGUUUUUUUGGUCAAAAAUGGGAAAACCAAUUUUUACCACAUAAAACCCCCCACAAACCCCCGUUCCCAUAAUCCGAUCAUGCUAGUUUGCGAACUCGUUAAAGUAAAUGUAGGUUUAUACAAAAUUUAAUCAAAAUCGGAUCAUUUUUGCUUGAGUUAUCGUACUUAACGGACACACGCACACACAUAUAUAUAUAGGCUAUAUGAAUUUGAACGGAUGGUGUUUUUAGCCUCUAGGGUCCUCAAAACAAUAAAGUAAAUCGGUCCCGGGUCCAGAUCUUACCAUGAGUACUACGGUAAUAGCUUAUUCCCUAUAUGGGAAAUUCGCUAAUAAAAAGUGUCUCUAAGUUAAUUUUUUUUUUCAUCCCAACUAAAUGGGGUUUUCGAUUGGUUAAAGUUUGCAGCAUAUUGAGAAAGAUUGAUCCAAUUUUAUUUGUUUGGUUGAUAUUAUCAGCCUAUGGUACUCAAGGAGUUAUUGUAUAGCCUAGAGGAGUUUCAUAACGUUACCAUAGUUGUUAAUUAUUAUUACAAUUUAACCAUUUUAAACUAUAUUAUAAAUAUAUGUGAUGGAAUAAGAACAUAUAGACAGUGGUAAUGUUUGGAAAUAUUAAAGAGGUGAAGAAAGGAAAGUUUGUGGUGGGCUAAUAAGGGAUUAACAAAUGGUUGCAGUAAAUUCAAUUCACAGUUGGAGAGGGUUCAACAAAUGGUCGCAAAAGGGUUCCACUAAUGGUUGCAUGAGGUUCAACUAACGGUUACACAAGAAAGGUCUAUUAAUGGUUGCGGAUGGUUCAAUUAAUUGUUGCAUGAAUUAAAUGUUAGGGUUUUCUGUCUACAUGUUCUCAUCCCAGUAUCAUGAAAGAAAAGAAUUAUGAAAGCAAAUACUUGUAUGAAUAAAACCCUCAUUUAUAUUUAUAUUUCAAUGUAAACUCUGAACCUACCUAUCUAUCAUUAUCGAAGUGUCUUAUAGGAAAACUUUGUCAAUAAGUUAAACGUAAUGGCAAUAUUUUCUCUAUGUACCUAUAUAGUUAUUAUGGAAAAGCAAAACACUUGUAGCACUUAUGUCUAAAAUAAUUCUCUAUCAGAAGAUAUUUAAGACAAAUUUUCUUGAUAAUUAGUACCAAAAACAGGUUAAUUUAAAAAAGUUAAUUCUUCAGCUGCGGCCUAAUGCUCCAAAAGUUGUACUGACAUAUAAGUCCCAAAAAUCAACUACCGGUAUCGGUACUGUAUAAAAUUGUUUUUAAAUAACUUAAGAGCAAGUUACUGCAUCAUUGUGUAAAUAAGCUUAUGCAUUAAAUAAAUGUAUUGCUUCAGUUUGAACAAAAACCUGCAUUCCUACCAAUUGAUAAGGAUUAAGCUUUGAUUUUCUAACUCCUAAAAUGCUAAUAAAUCCAGUACUAAUCAAAUUUAGGCACCAUUUAAUAGCAAUUAAAAGUACUUUUUACAACAGAGCAAUAUCAUUUAGAAAAAGAAUAUUCCUGAAUUUUAGGGUAAUAGUUUCAAAUGCCAUGUUAUCAAUACACCAUUAUCCUUUGGAAUUUUCUACCAUUAACAAGCUACUCUUCAAUAAAGUUAAUGGUAUAUCGUAAACAGUUAUCAGCUAGUUUAAUAGAUAUUUUGUACAAGCAUAGACAAAAGAAUUAAAUAUAGACUGACAAAGGAAGGUUCCGCGAUGUCCUUCUACCAGCACUACCACCCUUGCAAACGAAAUGCUACCAACGUAUCAGACCCACUUUUCAACAUGGUUAAAGGAAAAAUUCUGAAAUUCAGAAAAGACCAUUUUUAAAACACUGAAAAAUAACGGAACAAACUCCAACUCCCCGGAAGUUGGAAACACUGGUUCCAACUACCAAAUUGGCAAUGCUUGCUAGUGCUUGACGCUGUGGCGGUGUGCGCCAAAACUACACGGUAAGGCCUACUCCUAACGGUGGAAGCCAGAAUAUAAUAUGCUAACCGCAGCACUGCUGUCGGUCAAUAUUUAAUUCUUUUUUCUAUGGUACAAGUCUGAUUUCAAAGAACCUUUGAAGACAGUCUUGAAUUUAUUAGUGCAACUACUGCAGUUAGUAGCUUUUCUAUUUUAAUUUAAGUAUUUGAUAACUAUUCUAGAUACAUUUUUUUUUGUACAUGAGACAGAGAAGUUAGGCUUGGUGUGUAACUACAGUAAGCCACAUAAAAAUUAUCUGACGAGCAUUUAUGCAGACAAAAAGUUACCAUACUAAAUUUAUAUGCAUUUAAAUAUUAGUUACAAUUAGCUGAUUUCGUUUCAUUUAGUCCAGUCAAAUGAUACAAUACAUAAAUAGAAUAAAUAUAGACCGUCAGCUGUGAUGCGGUUAGCACAAGUUCUCGCGUCCACCACUAUGUUUGCAGUGUAGUUACAGCGCACACCGCUGCAGCGUCUGCUGGUCGCUUACGCCUCCUCGCCUGCAGCAGUAUGCGCCGCAACUACACUGUACUCCUAGCAGUGGGCGCCGGUACCUUCCUUUGACAGUCUAUAUUUAUUCUAUUUGUCUAUGAUGACACACACUUUAAAACAGGUUUCAGAUUUAUGAAGAAUGAAGAAUCUACUUACAGUUGAGCGAGUGAAAAAAACAAGCUUGCAGAUUUUUACAUAAGUAUGUUUACAAAUUGCAUAAACUGAGUGGUGAACACUUUUUCCUAGCUAGGCACUGGGGCUAUAUCAUCAUAACCAUUAUCUAAUCCUGGCAUCACCAAAUUGAGUCUAACAGCUGUGCUGCCUUCCUCCUGCACAUGCACCUUAGCCUCUUUUGCUACAGCACAUUUUCUUGUUUGGUUUUCUCACUCGCUCAACGGGCUGAACCUGUGCAGCCCGGACUUGUACCUGUAUGACUGUAGUAUCCACACAGUCAUAGGUUUUACCAUGUGAUUUAUUUUUGUUUUAAGUCAUAAAGUUAGAAGAUAGUUACCAUCUUGAAGGUUUAGCUUUGACUAUCCAAUAGUCAAUGGUAUUAGGCUACUCUGCUUAUUCCUUCAACUUUUAAGUUUUAACAUGGACUGGAACUUAAGGCAGAGGGCUAAUACUCUUGUUACCAAACUGCUUCACGUUGCUCCAAUGUCGGUCAUCAAUGGAUAGAAAAGAUGUAUGUAAUUGCAGCAUUGCAGAUUUUGACCUAUAUCAUUGCCUUGCAAUCAGGAUUGACAAUUUUUCUGUUUUUUGUUGUUAAAACUGACCAUGUAUUGUGAGCAAAAUUGUAUGUUAAAAAGUCAUAACAGUUACAGCAGUAAUAUACUGUUCCUAACAUAUUAGUCUAGAUAUAAAUAAUAAAAACUACACAAUUGUUUCCUCAUUUUCAGUUUGAGAAAAAUACAUUCAGUGUUUUGUUAUAAAAAAAUUGGGUUAUUUGCCUCACGGGCCCUGUUUCUUUUACUAUCAUAUCCACACUGCGGUUAGCAACAAGUAAUGUUAUUGUUGCUGUGGAAAAUAAUUGUUCUCUACUGAUUAAAAAAAUUGCAUUAAAUCUAUAUUUAUGAGAAAAUAAUAAAAACUGGCAUUAAAUCUAUAUUUAUGAGAAAAUAAUAAAAACUGGCAUUAAAUCUAUAUUUAUGAGAAAAUAAUAAAAACUGUGUUACCAAGUAUGACUUUCAUUAUCAUUAAACUAUUUUUUUAUGUGUUACUAGGCCUACAUAAGCCACUCGCAGUUUGGCAGAUAAAAUCAUUUACAGAACAUAUUAGUCCACUAGAUUUUUUGCUAACAUUGGUGAUGAAUAGUUUUUUUUACAGUGCUAGUUAAUAUAUAUAAACUUAUUUCUGUGCAAUAUAAAAUAAAAAAUGUUAUUUAUCGAAAAUUGUUGUAACGAUUU